AUGAACGAUGUAAACAAUAAUUUUAUAGAAGCUGCAAAACUUUAUUUAAAAGUAGGCGAGCGAACUUCAAUUGUAAUCAAAUGCAGCCUUUGUAGAACCGGGGACUUAACAGAUUGGUCGCAGCUUGCCAAGCACUUGGCUUCUUUCCAUUCCGUUCUUGGCACUCGUUUGGUAAAUCAGGACCUGGAGGUGGAUAAAGAAAUUCAAGAAGAGGUUGAAGAGGAGUUACAAAAUCAGAGUUAUGCUAAAAUUGGCAGGGAAUCUGAGACUGCAGACACAGAAAUCGAAGUUGUGGAUGAAGAGUACUUAUUUACAGCUGCAGAUGAAGUGGAAGUCGAGAAAGAAAUUGACCAGACUUGCGGAAAUAAAAAUAAAUCCAAUCAGCCCUUCUACAGUCUGCCACACACCGAUCCCAAGCUAAUGAAUUAUUUCAUUGAUUUACUACGGCAACAUGAAUAUCUUUGGAGUGAGGAGUAUAGGAACAUGGAUUUUAAGGCUGAGCGCUCUGAAAGCGCCCGGAAGAUAAGUCAAGCACUGGCUGAGCGGUUUAACUUAUCACUGGAUCCGCAAAUCGUCUGCCUUAGUGUUCGUGCAAUUCUUAAAUGGUUUGAGAAACAGUAUGCGAUGCACAUAAGUAAUCGGAACUAUCGCACCCGUCACCAGUCGUAUUACGAUAAGCUACUAGAAUUUGUGCCCACCCAGGAUAUCACCGUGGUGGAUUGCGACGAAUGCGAGCGACGCUUCUACAACGAGGAUCAACUACGACGGCACAAACACCGGAUACACUUCGGUAGUCAUCCUUACGCCUGCGAUGUGUGCAACAAAGUAUUUUUGCACGCCUCCAAACUACGUAUGCACCAGGAUAGAUUUCACAAAAUGUUUACGCGCUGGAAGUGUACUAUUUGCAGUUACUGUGCUCCAAACAAAUGGGAUCUGCGGACACACCUCACUUCUCACACUGGAGAACGAAAUUACACAUGUGAGCUAUGUGGCAUUUCAACCAAGUCUAGUUCGGCCUUGGCUGUUCACCGACGUACUCACUCGGAUCCCAAAAAGAAAUGUCCUUUUUGUCCAAAGGAAUACCGUGAAAAUUAUCAUUUAAAAUGUCACAUUAUUAAGUCGCAUACGAAAGAGGUAAAAAAAUAAUGUAGAUUAUAUGCAGUAG